AAAACACUUUAUCUGAAUCUUAAGAAAUGUUGUAAUGGUUACACUUAAAUUCAACCAUACUAUAGCAUCUAGAGAAAUAAUGAUUUUAAUGCGUCACGAUUAUUUUACCAACCAAUCACAGAUCUCUAGGACAAAAAGUAAGGACCAUAUAUUAAGCGACACUCUUUCGUUAAGAUCAGAUCGGUCCACUCGUUUAUAUUAUUCACAUCUUCUUCCGCCAUUAUCAUCAUCUUCCUCCACUUUCAAAUCUCUUCAUCCUUCAAUGGCGGUCAAAAAGCCCGGAGUGAUCGCGUUGUUCGACGUCGACGGUACUCUCACUGCUCCAAGGAAGGAAGCUACUCCAGAAUUGCUCGAGUUCAUCCGAGAAUUGCGCAAGGUGGUUACUGUUGGAGUCGUCGGUGGAUCUGAUCUAAGCAAGAUAUCUGAGCAGCUUGGCAAAACAGUCACUACCGACUAUGAUUAUUGUUUCUCUGAGAAUGGCCUUGUUGCCCAUAAAGAUGGGAAGCCCAUUGGAAUCCAGAGCCUGAAGCUGUACCUUGGUGAAGAUAAACUCAAGGAGUUGAUAAAUUUCACGCUGCACUACAUUGCAGACUUGGAUAUUCCAAUCAAAAGGGGAACAUUUAUAGAGUUCCGAAAUGGAAUGCUCAACGUGUCACCGAUUGGUCGCAACUGCAGCCAAGAAGAAAGAGACGAGUUCGAGAGAUAUGAUAAGGUUCAAAACAUUAGACCAAAGAUGGUGGCUGAACUUCGUGAGCGGUUUGCACAUCUUAACCUUACAUUCUCAAUUGGAGGACAGAUUAGCUUCGAUGUCUUCCCUAGAGGUUGGGACAAGACUUACUGCUUGCAGUACCUUGAAGACUUCAAUGAAAUUCAUUUCUUCGGUGACAAAACCUAUGAGGGUGGAAACGAUUAUGAAAUUUAUGAAUCACCAAAAACAAUUGGCCAUUCAGUUACUAGUCCAGAUGAUACAAUGGCUAAAUGCAAAGCUCUGUUCAUGUCUUGAAAAACAACUGUCCAUCUCAGGAACACAAUGCGAGAGAUUGACUAUUCUUGGCGAAUUUUCACAACUUUUGAUUUUUUACAUUACAAGAAACGGAGACAAGUAUGUUUGCAUACUGAUUCCGUAUGUUUUGAAUUUUGGUUCAGAAAAAUAAAACAUUUGGUUAUAAUCUUUGUUUCAGAACAAGAACUGGUUUUCCUCAUAGCUAAGAUUAAAGAAAGUAUACUCUUUUUAAAAA